GAAGAAGAGAAUUGAACUUGGGAACAAAGUGAGCAAACGGAGACGGAGACGAACGACGACGAAAGAGUGCGCGCGCGAUAUUGGGUCUGAGAUCUGAAUUUCCCGAGCACGAUUUCCGGAAAGGUAUUCCAAAUCUGAGCGUCAUCGGGGAGCAUUGUCUGGUUUUUGCCUGGUUGCCUGAAAGAAAUGGAUUCCGGUCGCUAUGGUCUUCAGCAAGGAUGGGAUAAUAACAGCGCUCCAGAGGGUUAUGGUGCAGUUCACGAGCCAAACUUUCGGGUCGGUGGUUCAUAUGAUGAGAGAAGGUUUAUAGACGAAAGAUACACAAGGGACAAUGUGUAUCCAAGAAACACAUUUCACCGUGAUGUUCUGGAUAGGGAUAACUACCCACCACCACCACCACCUCAUGCAGUUGGUAUAUGGCCACAUUCAAGAAGGAGAAGUUACGAAGAAGAAUUUCCCAUUGAUAGGGAAUCUAGGAGACAUGAUAAACAGUAUUUGGAUUCAUAUAAUGAGAUGGAUAGCCUUCGUGACCACGAGAUCGAUACAUUUCAGGAAUUUGAUAAAUUACGUGAUGGCUAUCACAGUGUUGACAACUAUCGUGAUCCUGGGUUUGAGAGAACUUCACGGCUAGGGGGACGUGAUCGUGAUGAUUAUGCAUAUGAUGAUUUUGACUAUAGGUCUGGUAUUACCCAUAAGACCAGGGGGGACAGUCGUGAGAGGGAUUAUGAUUAUGGCCGGCAUAGUUACGAUUCUGAUUAUGACAGAAGUAGCAGGAGAGAGGGCAAUUGGAGGCGUCGCGAAUCUCGUGACCGUGAGCGUGACAAGAAGUGUUUAAGUAGGGAAACAAGUCCAUAUAGGAGGCAUGAGCGUUCUAGAUCUCGGUCACGUUCUCGUGGGCAUGAUGAUCGUCCCAGAUCGAGAUCACCAAGAAGUCGAAGCCAUGGCCGAAGUCAUCGAGAGGACAGCUAUGAUGAUGGUAGAUAUGAGAGGACUGAUAAGCGAAGAGACAGGGAAGAUAAACGCCAGAGAGAGCAGUAUUCUGUGGCCCCGUCUGCAACUAUUGUUGUGAAGGGACUUUCACAGAAGACCACUGAGGAAGAUCUAUACCAUAUCCUUGCUGAAUGGGGACCUCUUCGUCAUGUCCGUGUGAUCAAAGAACGUAGUUCCGGCAUUUCCCGUGGAUUUGCAUUUAUUGAUUUCCCUUCCGUGGGAGCGGCUCAGAUUAUGAUGGCCAAACUUGGGGACAAUGGCCAUGUGGUGGAUGGCAGGAAACUUAUUUUUGAGUACAGUAGUAAGCCAACUGGGGGUGCAGGUGGGUCUCUUGGUCAGGAGUAUGCUGGGAAAUCUAGCAAUGUUAACCAUAAAAGCAACACAGUGCCAUCUGAUUGGAUGUGUAUUAGCUGUGGAUAUGUUAAUUUUGCACGACGAACAUCCUGCUUUCAGUGUAAUGAGGCACGAACUGAGAAUGCUCCUCCUGCAGAUAUUUCUUUAUCUAGUCAAAUGACAGGAAAGAAAGGAGCAGAGGCUGGUCCUACUCAUGUUUUGGUUGUUCGUGGACUGGAUGAAAAUGCUGAUGAGGAAAUGCUGCGCUAUGAAUUUUCAAAACAUGCUCCUAUCAAGGAUCUUCGUCUUGUCAGAGACAAAUUCACUCAUGUAUCACGGGGAUUUGCGUUUGUACAUUUCCAUUCGGUUGAAGAUGCUACAAAAGCUCUCGAAGCAACAAAUGGAACACCACUUGAAAGGAAUGGGCAGAUUUUAAGAGUAGCAUAUGCAAAAAGCAUUCUUGGUCCAGGAUCAACCAUGUCAGGAUCUUCACAGUCAAGCAGCCUGGCAGCUGCUGCAAUUGAGGCAGCAACAUUUUCUCAACAGUAUGAUGCUGUUGGAUGGGCACCAAAGGAAUAUAAUCCAGAUGACAAACAAUCCAUGGGAGGGAAGGAGCAAAGUGGUGGGGACUUAAAAGUACAGAAUGAUGGUUUGGCUCCACAAUCUGGUUUUGUAUGGGAUGAGGCAUCUGGUUACUACUAUGAUGCUUCUUCUGGAUUCUACUAUGAUGGAAAUUCAGGUCUUUAUUAUGACGGUAACAAUGGAAUUUGGUAUACUUAUGAUCACCAAACUCUGCAAUACAUCCCUUGCACUGAUCAGAAUGGCAUCAAAGAAUCUGCUAACAAGUCUCAGCUUUCAAAGGCAUCAGAUGGUUCGAGUGUAAAAAAAGUAGUCAUCUCUGCACCUGCGACAACAUCAGCUGCAUCGUUACCCGAUGCAGUCCAGGCUGCUGCAACAGCAGCAAUAGCUGCAGAGAAGAAAGAAAAGGAAAAGUCCAAAGAGAUCAAGUUGGCUUCAAAGAGCAGUAUUUUGGCUAACAAGAAAAAAAUGAAUAAUGUGUUAACUAUGUGGAAGCAGAGGAGUCAUGAAGGGCAAGUAACCCGUGUAGCUCUGGAUGAUAACCAGCAAAGUGUACCUGCUAAUGAUAAACCUGUUUCUUCUGCUCCAUCUACAAAGACAUGGUCUAAAAUUGAUGUAACAAUCAAAAGUGAGAAUAUUAUGUCUAGUUCAGGGGUUACUGCCGGUGCUUCCACUGAAGAUACUCUCAGUUUAGAGUCUUCAGUCAUGCCAAGGCCUGUUAGCAACAGUAUAGGUGGGACUCUGAUGGGAGUGAUAAGGGGAUCUGGAAGAACUGUUGUUAAAUCAGAUGCAUCCUUUUCAGCAUCUGGCGGAGUCUCCACACCUUCAACUUCUGCGUGUGUAGCUGGUUCUUCUGCAUCAACAGAUGCAAAUAUCUCCACAGUUUUAACACCCUUCAGAACUGAUGCAUCUGCAUUGGGUUCUUAUACACCACCUGUGGCUGCUGGGAGCGGCAGGAGAAGAUUUUCCGAAAUGCCAGCUUCUGCUCAUAAAGAACCUCAUACUGGAUACAGGGACCGAGCGGCUGAAAGGAGGAACUUGUAUGGAUCAUCGUCUUCUUUUGGAGAUGAUUUGCCUGAACAUGGUUUUGGGGAUUCAAAUCGAGAUAUGGCAUUGAGGAAGGGUUCUUUUGAUUCAAUGCCCUUUCCCCCUGGUGUCGGUGGAGGACGUGUAACCGGAGAUGCUACCAUUGACAGUUACGAGGUGAUUACAGCUGAGAAAGCAAUUGAUGAGAGUAAUGUGGGCAACAAGAUGCUUCGCAACAUGGGCUGGCACGAGGGCUUGGGUUUAGGAAGAGAUGGGAGUGGAAUGGUAGAACCAGUGCAGGCUCAGAGUGUAGAAAGGAGAGCCGGACUUGGGAGUCAGCAGAAGAAGUUAGAUCCGGCUCUGGAGGCUCAGGCUGGAGAUAGUUAUAAAACUCUCAUUCAUAAGAAAGCACUGGCAAGGUUCCGUGAGAUGUCUUAAGUAAGAAUGAUAACGACUCUGUCGAUCUUAUUCUUAGUCAGGGAAGAUAAUUGGAAUUAAGCUAUGGAAUUGGAGUAGUUGUAAUUUGUGUCCACGCUUCACCUUUACCUUAGAGGUUCUAUUGGGUGUUGUCCUCUCGUUAAAAAAUAUGUACUGCGUUAACAUUCCCGAUGUUUAUAACAAGUCUUUAGUUUCAAACCUUCAAA